GCGUCGCGUCGGGCAGAAAAAGGGAAGCAGACUUCUUCUGUUUGGCACAGAGAUGUUUCCUUGAACGAGUCCGAACCCCCUCGUGAUGUCUCCUAAACAACGUCAGAUGGUUUUUAUUGUUUGAACGCCGUCGCAGGAAGCUGUGUGUGUUUGUGUUUUUGUGUGUUUGUGUGUGAGACAUUUAUUCCUCUUGUAUGUUGGCACUCCGUCAGGAAGCCCCCCCCCUCCUGUCCUUUGUUAAUGCUGUGCAUUGUGAGCGUGUGCAGUGGCGUGGAUGUGGCGAGUCAGACGUGGAACUAUUUUGGGAAACUUUGGAGCGGAAAGUGUGUAAAGGAAAGAAUAAUAAUGAAAACACGCGGAGGUGGAUCGAAGGAUCGGACCGACAGGGACGCAGCGAGCACUGAAGAGUGCAGACGGACGGAUGCCAUGUUAGCCGGGCUGAGAGAGGACACACAUUCAGGCUCCAGUGAUGAUCAACCAACACACACAUCUGCACAUCUGGACGGACACACAGCUGCACGAUCGCCUUCAUUUCCACCUGAGAACUCGCUGACGGAGGUGUGAAUGAGGACUGGAUCCGCUCUUUCAUCUUUGUUUCACACCAGCACCACAGAGACCAGGACCCGGAGUCCUGCCCGGAGCAGCAGAGCACUCUAAAGACCGUUGGACUGGCGUCGGGCUCUCAGGCACCAUGCAGUCAGACGACCUCUUCAUCCGCAAGUUUCGCCGGCAGAACAUGCGGCCGCCCGUUGCCACCGUCAACUUUGAGUCCAAGCGGGAGGCGGGGGUGGUGGAGUGGCCCCCGAGGAGGGAGGGCGACGGAGCCGACGGAGACAGCCUCACCCCGAGCCGCGUGGGGCUGAACCUGAGGUCGGUGGGCCGAGGCCACAUCAUGCAGAGGAGUAACAGCGACGUGACUUUAGGAGAUCUGGACUCAUCCGGGAAGGCGGGCGGUAAGACGGCUCGGGCGGCGGGCGAGAAGGCAGGCGCCGGGUCUCAGGGCGACUCUGGCCUGCUGCUCCACAGAGAGUAUGGCAGUCUGUCCUCACUGGAGAGACAGACUCAGGCCCAGGAGGCGAGCACAGACGAGCAGGGACCACUGAGUCCGAACGCCCUCCGCUUCAAAGACCCAUUCUUACUGUUAGGACUGCAGGAGAACCUUCCAGAACCCGACGGCUUCUUCAGAGGUCUGUCUGUCUCUGCAGGAGACUCCCCAAAACCUGCCAAGCCGCCUAAACCUGAAGGUCUGAGCAAGAAGAGCAAACCGGUGCCCCCUCUGAUCCCUCAGCCGGGUCCGUAUGACAACAUCGGGGGCGGCGCCUGGGUGAGGAACUUUGCCCACUACGACGUUCAGAGCAUCCUGUUCGACCUCACCGAGGCGGCCACGAACAGAGACAGCAUCGGACGCAAAAAGAACAUCACCUCGGGGGCGUCGGCCGCCUCCCAGCUGCGCCCGCUCUCCCAGGCCACGCCCUCCUCGCCCGCACAGGGUGGGGGAGGCAACGGGGGCAACGCCGACGACCCCGAGCAGUCGCUGCUCGACGAAGGCGACGGCAACGAUAACGAGCUGCUGCUCAGCUGCCCGCACUUCCGCAACGAGACGGGGGGCGAGGUGCAGGUCGGUCUGGAUCGAUCUCAGGGGAGGCGUGGGCUGUGGUCCAGCCUGCGGACCCCCAACGAUGCGGUGUCGGUCCUGGAGGAGCCUCGAGAGAGUCACGUCCAGCAGCAGGGCAAGAGCAACUACUUCAUCGAGCACGCCGACCUCGGAGCGCAUUACUAUCGCAAAUAUUUCUACAUGAAAGAGCAUCAGAACUUCUUCGGCAUGGACGACCGCCUCGGCCCGGUGGCCAUCAGUUUCCGCCGCGAGGAGAAAGAAGGAUCGAGUGGAGCUCAGUACAACUGCAGAAUCAUCUUUCGCACCACAGAGAUGAAGACCCUGCGAGGAUCCAUCCUGGAGGAGUCGGUGCCGUCUGCCGCUCGCCACACGACCCCUCGAGGCCUUUCCCCCAAGAGGCUGCUGGAGUUCAUCAUGCCCGAGCUGAACCUGCACUGCCUCCGCCUCGCCUCCAACUCCCCGAAGGUCCGCGACACCCUGCUGAAGCUGGACGAACAGGGGCUGAACUUCCAGAGAAAGGUCGGGGUGAUGUACUGCCGGGCCGGGCAGAGCUCAGAGGAAGACAUGUACAAUAACGAGAGCUCGGGCCCGGCGUUCGAGGAGUUCCUGGACCUGCUCGGCGAGCGCGUCCGCCUGAAGGGCUGGGAGAAAUACCGAGCUCAGCUGGACAACAAGACGGACUCUACGGGGACGCACUCUCUCUACACGCGUUACCAGGACUAUGAGAUCAUGUUCCACGUGUCCACCAUGCUGCCCUACACGGCCAACAACACUCAGCAGCUGUUGAGGAAGCGUCACAUCGGUAACGACAUCGUGACGAUCGUGUUCCAGGAGCCGGGCGCGCUGCCGUUCACGCCAAAGUCCAUCCGCUCGCAUUUCCAGCACGUCUUCAUCAUCGUCCAGGUCCACGAGCCCUGCAGCGACAAGACCUACUACAGGGUGGCGGUGACUCGCUCUAAAGACAUGCCGUUAUUCGGCCCGCUGUUCCCGAAAGGCGCACGCUUCCCGCGCUCGCCCGCCUUCAGAGACUUCCUGCUGGCGAAGGCGGUGAACGCAGAAAACGCCGCCGAGAAGUCGGAGAAGUUUCGCUCCAUGGCGACCCGAACGCGGCAGGAAUACCUGAAGGACCUGGCCGAAAACUACGUCACCACCACCCCUAUCGACUCCUCCACCAAGUUCCCGCUGCUGUCUCUGGGAGGGAAACGCAAGGACAAGCUGAAGGGCGCCAAAGGGGUGGAGCUGCACAGCGCCGGGGCGCUGGUGUGGGCCGUGAUGGUCAACGGCGGAGACGAAGGAGAGGCGGGAGAGCUCCGGCUGCCCUGCCUGCUCGGGGUGUCGGCGGAGUCGGUGGUGCUCAUCGAGCGCUGCACGCGCAGGGUGGUGUUCAACUGCUCCUGCAGGGAUGUCAUUGGCUGGAAGGCGGUGACGGAGGCUAAAGAGGGCGGGCCCUGCCUCGACAUCUUCUACGAGCGCGGGGAGUCGGUGUCGAUCAGCGUGAUGGAGAGCCAGGCGGAGGAUAUACGGGAGGUGGUGCAGAGGCUGGAGCUCGUCACCCGGGGCUGUGAGGCCUUCGAGGUCACCCCCCUGCGUGACGGCGUCGGCCAGCCCGGCUUCCUCAUGAACGAGGAGGGCUUCGUGACGGAGCUGCAGCGGUUCUGCUACGCCGAGAGCGGAGGCCUGCAGCUGUGGGCUCGGGUGGUGCGGCUGUGCGGACACUCGCUGGUUCACCUGAGUCCUGACGAGAGGACCAGGCUGCUCCGCACCGCCCACAAGAUCCACAUCACCGUCAUCCCGCCGGACGAGAACGGGAAGCCUCGCAGAAGUUUCUCCGAGCUGUACCAGAAAGCCAUCAAGGACGCCGAGUGUAAGCCCGGAGAGGAUCGGUCCGGAGAGGCCUGGGUGCUGGACGAGAGGGAAGAAGAAGAAGACGAGGAGGACGAGGAGGAGGAGGAGGAGACGUUGGUGGUGGAGGAGGACAAGCUGAAGGCGGGCGGUGUCAUCGAAGCAGAUCUGACGGAGGUGCAGGUGGAGGCCGAAGAGGGCGACGACGGCGAGAGAAGCCGCAGCUCGCUGCUCACGGCGCUCAGCUUACCUUUGUUACGGGCCACGUCUCUGCAGGAGCAACCGGCCAAUCAGAGCCAAGAAGGCAGCGCCCCGCAGCUCACACGGAGCUGCUCAUUGGAGAGACGGCCGUCCAUCCGAGACACGCACGUGUACGACAACGUGGUGCUGAAGGGGGAACGCCACAUCUACGAGAACGUGGGCGAGCUGCGAGACGCCACGCCCGACCUGAUCCUGGCCGUCAAACCGAAGCUUCCCCUGGAGGACGAGCAGUUCAUGGCCGCCGAGUUCGGCGACGACAAAGCUUCGGCGAGCGACUCGACUUCACGGCUGUCGUGUGUCGACCGAGCUGAAAGAAACUCACGAGCGCUCAGUCUGCAUAACUCCAUCACCAAGAUCCUCUCAGAGACAACAGACUCCACAGAGGAGGAGUGGCAGUCCAUCGCCGACCUCGCCACCGCCUGCCGCAGCAUCCUGGAGGCGCUGUCGCGAGAAGACCGAAAAGCUGGAGACUCGUCGCAGGCUGGAGAUCAGACGGACAGCAAGCUGAAGGACUCGAAGGACAGUGACUCUCCAGGCCACCUGGAGGAGAAGGUGUCGCAGCUGGAAGCCAUGCUGAGGAAGCUGCAGGAUGACCUGCAAAAGGAGAAAGAGGACAAGGCGGUGCUGCAGGCCGAGGUGCAGAGCCUCAGGCAGAACAACCAGCGGCUGCAGGAGGAGUCUCAGAGCACGGUGGCUCGCCUCAUCAAAGUCACCGAGCUGCUGUGCAACGUCAACAAGCCCUGUUAGCCUCCACGCCAACGCCACAAACGCACAAACUGCACAGACACAAAUCAGCAGAGAAAGAUGCAAAGCGUUACUCUGCAAACACACACACGAUGCCACCGUCUGAUCCUGGAGCUGCCCAUCGGUGAGGGAGUAUGCAAGACUCUAACAUGCCUUCAUGGACUGACAGCAGAGUGUGUGUGUGUGUGUGUGUGUGUGUGUGUGUGUGUGUGCGUGCAUCUCUUUACUGUAACUUGCUUCAAUACUUGACAAACUGAGCUGAAGAACACUUGCAUCAAAAAAAGUGUCAGUGAAGACUGAGACCCGUCCAGCAUGUUCGCUGUCUGAUC